AUGGUAAUGGCGUUUUCCACCCCAGCUCGAUAUGCAGUCUGCCAUGGCCAGGUCGGGACAGUUGAGAGGCGUGAGAGGCAGCAGAAGGAAAAAAGAAAAAGGAACACCACAACGCGGGGAAAUCAGCACUACCCAGCGAGACACACCACAGUCCAAUUAGACAUGCCGUCUUCACUCAGAGGAGCUGCGCUGAAACGACCCGCUGUUCUUUCGUCGUGGUUGUCAGUGAUUGGCCUGGCGUCAUCGCUAUCAAGGCCUCCUCAUCGGGUCUCCUGCAAGGGCGACGCGGAUUGA